AUGGCCACAUUGCCAAAGCACAUGCAGCCCGUGGAUCCGGCCAGCUAUCCCAACUACAAGCCAGGACCAUCUGGUGUGCCCAUGAUGCCUCAAGUGGUGGGCGACUGGGCAACCCCUGUACCAGGAAGUUACAAGGCCUGCUUGACCAUGGUGGGUCCUGAUGUGGAGACUGGCAGUGAAGUGGGCAAGCCUUGGGACCCCCUUGGCUUCAGCAAGCUCUAUGACCGCAAUUUUGACUUCAACGACAACAUGACAUACCCACAUGUGCAGUGGCUUCGGGAAUCCGAGCUCAAGCAUGGCAGAUGCGCAAUGCUAGCAAUUGUCGGAAUCUUUGCACAACAGUCAUUCCACAUUGAUGGAUACCCAGAGGCACCAUGGUACGAGGCCUUGCAGAAGUGCUAUGACAAUCCCCAGGGCAUUGUGGGCUUUGGCAUUGCCCAAAUCUCCGCCUUUGCCAUGGUGAUUGAGGGCAAGUUCUUCCCCAACGAUGCCUGGAUUGGCCAGAUGGACCGUGAACCUGGUGAUCUUGGUUUUGAUCCUUUGAAGCUUGCUAAGGAUGAGGCAACCAUGAAGAGCAUGCAGCUCAAGGAGUUGAAGAACGGCCGACUGGCCAUGAUGGCCUUCUUGUCCAUGUUCCUUGGCCACUUCAAUGCUGGCAGCGUGCCUGGAGUCUCCGCCUUGCCCCGGGAGUCGGGCAAGGCACAGGGCGCCGCCUUCUGUGGUGCUACCCCUGCCAGCUCUGAGGUGGGGAUGUCCAAGACGGCCGCUCGAUAUACGACUCAAACCAUUCUCCCUUCCUUGGCCUGGAUCAAGACCGGAGUGAGGGCCUCUGAACUGCAGCCCACUGAGUUGAAGGCAUUGACCUUGGCGGGGAAUGAUGUGUUGAUUGGCAAGACUGAGGCUGGUGCUCUCUUCUGUGUUGGCAACUUGUGCCCUCACAUUGGCACCCCGAUGAGUGAGGGUGCGGAUGUCAUUGGUGAUGUGAUUGUGUGCCCCUUGCAUGGCUCUUCCUUCAAGGUGACCACUGGGGAGCUUAUCGACUGGUGUGUUUCCCCACCCAUCAUCGGACCCUUGACCGGCUUAAUCGUUGACAAGAAGAACCUCUUGAUCUUCGAGUGCCGCCAGGGUGGCUUCUUGGGAUCAGGGGAAGUGGAGGUCUUAGUGGACACCAACGCGAAGAAGGCCUAUGAGGCAAACUACUGGAAGGGCUUGCUAGAUGCCCAGGGCAAGGAUGAUGGCACUUACUACUGA